UGGCUUGUGUGCAUGUUGUGGAGAAAGGACAGCGCCAGUCCCCCCCUGAGAACUGAGAGUUUAGGCUCUGUCGGUGAAACCCUAAACCCCAGCCGCCGCAGGCAGCCGCCGUUCGUUGGUGGUGGUUGGUUUUCGGGUUCAGUUAGUCGUCGGUCGCUCCUCCUUCUCCUUCGUCGUAGGUAUCCCUCUGCUCUGCCGUGCUCGCCGAAGAUUCUGGUAGUGUAGUUUGUACAGGAAAAAUAUUCUUCGUAGCAUGAUCUGAUUAAUAUUUUUGAAACAACAUAAUGGCAAACAGCAAGUAUGAGUAUGUCAAGAAUUUUGAACUGGAGGAUGAGGUUAUGUUUCCCAACUUCAUUCUUGUUCGAAUCAAUGGCCGUAACUUCACCAACUUUUCUCAACUCCACCAGCUUCACAAGCCUUAUGAUGAAAAUGCCUUGAACUUGAUGAACUCUUGUGCUGUUUCCCUGCUUGAAGAGUAUGCAGAUAUUGUACUUGCUUAUGGGUUCAGUGAUGAGUACACUUUUGUUUUCAAGAAGACCUCCAAGUUUUAUGAUAGACGAGCCAGCAAAGUGCUAUCCAUCAUCACUUCUUUUUUCUCAUCUGUAUUUGUGACAAAAUGGAGUGACUUCUUCCCACAAAAGGAACUGCAGUAUUCUCCUUCCUUCCAUGGGCAUGUUACGAGUUGUGCUUCGGUAGAUGUCCUCCAAGCAUAUCUAUUGUGGAGGCAAAAUAUCUGUCAUGCAAAUAAUCAAUACGAUCAAUGCUUUUGGCGUCUUGUCAAACGUGGCAUGGAUUUUAGGGAAGCACAUGAUUUACUCAAGGGUGCUGAGAAAUGUAACCUAAACAAUCUUCUAUUUGAUGAGUUCAAUGUCAACUACAAUACACUGGAGCCCAUAUUCCGACAAGGGUCAUGUGUCUUAAAGGCUGUGGUUGAUGAUAUUGUGAAGUACGCAGAUAAUGGGGUUCCCAUUAAAAGACAAAGGAGAAAGAUUAUUACAGUGCAUUCAAAGAAGAUAGCAGGUAGAAAAUUUUGGAAUGAUCAAACUGUUCUUUUGAAAGAGCUUGGUUGUUUUGUGGAGGAUGUUGACAAUGUGAAACCAGAGUAUGUGAAGUCCUUUGAGUUUGAUAGCAAGUUGAUGCCGUUGACAUGGAUUGUAAUUAGAAUAGAUGGUUGCCACUUCCACAGAUUUUCUGAGCUACAUGAAUUUGUGAAGCCAAAUGAUGAGAGAGCCCUUAAUUUGAUGAAUUCUUGUGCUAUGACUGUGUUAGAAGAGUUUCCUCACGAUAUAGUCUUUGCCUAUGGGGUUAGCGAUGAGUAUAGCUUUAUUCUUAAGAAAACCACUGAACUUUUUCAAAGAAGAGCUAGUAAAAUCGUCUCUACUAUUCUGUCAUUCUUCACGUCCACUUAUGUGAUGAGAUGGAAAGAUUUCUUCUCGCAGAGUGAGUUGAAGUACCCUCCUUCCUUUGAUGGACGAGCAGUGUGUUAUCCAUCUACAGAGAUUCUAAAAGACUAUCUUUCAUGGAGACAAGUGGAUUGCCACAUCAACAAUCAGUACAACUCAUGUUUCUGGAAGCUUGUUGCAUCCGGGAAACAGAAAAGGGAAGCCCAGCAAAACUUGAAGGGUGCUCAGUUGCAAAAGAAAAUUGAGGAACUAGCUAUUGAUUACAAUAAUUUACCAGCCAUGUUCCGACAAGGAUCCUCAGUUUUUUGGGACAAGAUGGACAAUGCUCUCACUCAUCAGCAGAAUGGAAAGUCUUCGGAAAGUUGUGGAAGGGUCAUUGUAGAACAUUGCAAUAUCAUUGGAUCAGGAUUUUGGUUGGAACACCCAAGCAUACUUGAAGAGAAGCAAUAGGGUUUUCUAUCUGCAUUUGAUUCAGAUGCAUGGCUUGGAUCAUUUUAUUUUGGUGAUUGCCAAGGGACUUCUGGUUUCUUGCUUUCUUCAAAUCUGGAAUUCACUUCCCAUCCUUCAAGAUAUAGCUGGUUGAGGUCCUACCUUGAACUCACAGUGCUCUGUGUCUUGUGCAAAUAUGGUAUCAUCUCAAUGUCACCUGAGACACUUUCGAGAUUCAACAGAAGCAGCAGUUGCGCUAACAGUCUCAUUGUUUUGAUGAAGUUCCCUGGAAAAUCAUGAAGAUGCAAAGGGACAGGGACAGCGGUAGAUCGAAUAAGAGGCUAGCGCAUGCAAAAACCAUGGAGGGAAUUUUGGGCAGUGGACCAAAGUUUUGAUGAUGAGGGGAAGAUAUUGGUGUAGAAAAUGGUAUGUUCUCUGUUUUUCGGGCGUGAGAUGAUUAUUGACUUAUUUAAAUAUUAAUUUAGAAUUUUUCUAUCUGAUGUUAGUAUCACACUAAUUUAUGUAAGGUUGCACUAAUAUCACAUCGUACAAUUAUGAAAUUUAUUAUAUCCGUAUAGAUAUAGCCAUAUAGGUAACUAUGUUUAUUUGUGUCUUAUGAGUUAUGAUAUAAAACUAGGUUGUCUUUGUGUCUUGUGAUUCUAAACUAUGUUGUAUUUUAAUUUUAUUACUGCAAUAUAUUUAUUUAUCACGAAUUUCUUUUCAUGCGGGCUUUGGGUCCCUGAA